ACAUUGACGUUGAGAAGACAGCAGAGUUUAGAAGAGAUAAUUGGGGGUGACGAAAACUCUUGAAUUUUUCGUUUUGUUUCGUAUUGGGGCGUAAAAAUAAUUAAAAAAACAGCAGAUCAAUUACAGCUAAGGAGCGUCAGGGGAUUCAAUUUCUAUGGUAAAACUUGAAUUUUACCAUAAGUAAAGUUAUAAAGUCAAAAAAAGGCUAAUACAAACAUGGCCACUCCAUCUGCCGGUGUGGUUGUACCGAGAAAUUUCCGACUGCUAGAAGAGCUGGAGGCAGGCCAAAAAGGUGUCUCAGAUGGCACAAUCAGUUGGGGCUUGGAAAAUGAUGAUGACAUGACCCUGACUCAUUGGAUGGGCAUGAUCAUUGGGCCCCCCAGGAGUCCUUAUGAAAAUAGGAUGUAUUCUGUUAAAAUUGAAUGUGGUGCCGGGUACCCAGAUGAGGCACCCUUGGCCAAAUUCAUCUCUAGGAUUAACAUGAAUUGUAUUAAUGGUACUACAGGAGUGGUGGACAACCGAAUGGUGCCGGUGUUGGCCAGGUGGCAACGCGAGUACACGAUCAAAACGGUCCUGCAAGAAUUGCGUCGUUUGAUGACGUUAAAAGAAAACAUGAAACUGGCGCAGCCGCCAGAGGGUAGCUGCUUCUAGCCCGUCGUCACAACGUUAACGCGACAGUGCGACGUUGCCAACGCCACGUUGCAGCAACCGACGACUGCCACGCGUGCCGGUUGCCACUACCAUCAACCCUCCUCCUCCUCCUCCUGUUGCCUGUUGUGAUCAAACCAACAUGCACACCCUUGGUGUUUUUUUUUUGCUGCUUCUCAAAUAAUUUGUUAAUGUUGUUCUCACCUUGCAGGGUGUUUGCCAGCGUCAAGGCCCUGUACAUUAUAAUUUAUUGUUAUUAUUUCUUGGGGUAUUUAAAGCAUUGUCGUGCGCGGUUGUAAGUUUAAGUUUUAAAUUUACACGAUAAUUAUCUCUAAUGAUAAUAUUAAUAUAACUGCAGGGGAGUGUCGCGAGCCGACACCCCUGUAUGAUUCUAUUAGCGAAUUAAUAAAAUAACAUUUUCUUUUUAUGUAAAGUUUCAAGAAUUUAAUUGAUAAGUGUAAACCGCCUGCUGAAAUAAAUAUAAUUUUACAUGUAGGGAAUAA